AUGCCGAAAUCUGAGUCAGAUAUUCUCAAGAAGAUCAGAAAUAAGGAGCUUAGGCGUAAAAUCUACGCUCAAAUUCAAAAUGAUAAAACAAAGGAAAGACUCACACUGCGGAAAGAGAGAGCUAAGGAAGAACAAGCUCAUCCGGAGCUUAAAACCAAAAGACUAGAAGAAAAUGUGCCAGAUACUAUAGAAUCCAAACGAGUUUACGAUGAAACUGUGAACGCAGAAAUUGAGGGAGAGGAUGAUUUUGAUGAAUACUUUAAGGAUCUCGAAAAAGAGCCGAAGAUACUUAUCACAACUAGUGCACAUGCACAUAAAGAAGCAUAUGAGUUUGCAGCCAUGUUAAUAGAGAUUUUCCCAAAUUGCACAUUUGUUAAGAGAAAGAGACAGUACAGUAUGAAAGAAAUGGCUGGAUAUUGCAGUAAUAGAGAAUUUACGCAUCUCAUUGUGAUUAAUGAGGACAAAAAAGUGGUAAAUGGAAUGACUAUAAUGCAUUUACCCAAAGGACCAACGUUCUAUUUUUCCAUUGGUUCUCUAGUGCAGAGGAAGCAGAUUUCUGGCCACGGCAGACCUACUGAUCAUAUCCCAGAGCUCAUUCUCAAUAACUUCACCACGAGGUUGGGUAAGACGGUAUCACGGUUGUUCCAGUCCUUGCUCCCUCAUAAACCCGAGUUUAAGGGACGUCAAGUGAUCACGCUGCACAACCAGAGAGAUUUCAUCUUCUUUAGAAUGCACAGAUACGUUUUCAAGGACAACGAGCGUGUGGGAUUGCAAGAACUUGGACCCGAAUUCACCCUUAGAUUGAGACGUAUUCAGAACGGCAUUAAGGAGGAAGUUGAUUGGGAGUUUAGACCCGAUAUGGACAGAGAUAAAAAGAAGUUCUAUCUAUGA